GAGAUAACUACCGGUAGUUGACAGCAGCUCCUAAAAACACUAUCAGAACUUGAAUUGGAAAACGACAUACAGUAUUUGUCACCCCAAGCUCUCUGGAUUAGCGUUACCAAGAGGAGACAAAAGGAGCUUCCCCAAAGAACGUGAGGACUGUGAACACAUUUAGGUAUCCCUUGGGCAACAGGAGCAGCUUGUCAGCAGAUCCUUCCACUCAGGAAGCACCACUGGAUUGCUUCCGACACGAAUGAAGCAGCAGCAUUAACAGAGAAAAUGCCCUUCUUCCUGAAAACACUUCUACCUGAAAAAGACUUCGAAGAAAACUUUAAUAAUACAUUUCAACCCCACAAAACAUUAGUGUUGUUUAGUCUUAAAAAAGAUAAAAGUUCUCUUUGGAAAACAUGGGGCUAUGCAUAUAAUAACCCUAACAACGAACAUGCUGAACAUUUGAUUUUGGAUAAUGUUGAAAUAUAUAUCCAAGAAAACCAAAUCAAAGGGAGACAUACACUGACAUUGUUCAUGUCAUAUACUCCUUGCCGUAAGUGCAGUGCUAGGAUAAAGUAUUUCUUGGCAUCAAGAAAUGACCUAUGCAUGGAUAUAAAAGCUUCAAGACCAUAUUUCUUUGAAUAUAAAAGUGAACAAAAGGGUCUCUACCUUUUGAAGAGCUUGGGUGUUUCCAUCAAAAUGAUGGACCAGUUUGACUACGAACAAUGCCUUCAUGAAUUUGUGGACCCAUCAAAAAAGUUAACCCCAUGGUUGGGUUUAGAAGAACAGAGCAAAAAAAAUGCAGAUGAUCUGGAAAACAUUUGGAAACAGUUUUUGUCCCAGGAAGAAGAAAAGGAGACAGAAGGAAAUGCCAAGAUAAUUAAAAUAUCAAACCACAACAAUAUGAUUGGUCCACAGAACAUAUCAGUCUGCACUGAACAACAGCUUGGUGCCCAAGACGUUUCCAGACCACAUAUUAUUCUGGAUGGCCAAGAUCACUAUGAUCAAUCACCAACUAAGGAUGGCACAUGGCUCUCAACACCAGAGACUCCUCAGAAACGAAAGAGUACUGACAGAGCAACAGAACCUGUCCCAGGAGCGAAAAGGAAACUUGAUUUCUUAGAGAAGUAAACAAGAACUUUGUCACAACUCUGUGAAAAUGCCCAUUUCAUAAUAUUACAGGCUUGAAUCUCAGCUCAUGAAAUUAGAUAGUAGAAGAUUAUGAUGAUGAUGAAUGUUAGUACUGUAUCCUUGAUAGCUCACUCUGUAACACCAAAUAAUAAUUCUUGCUGCACUGCCCUAGGUAGAAUUAUCACAGGGUUGCCACAAGUUUUGCCAAAUGUUUUCCAGAAAGGAACUGUACGUUUCUGGAUGCAGGAGAGACAUGUAGGUUUCCUGGCACUAAGAUACUGGAACAGGAAAGCUUUCUCCUGCUGAAUUUCUGUAACCUCUCUGAUUCAAGCCUCCUAGUUAAAACAUGUAUUUGUAAAUCUACUCUUCCCUUUCAAGGAAUACUGAUUGGUUUCUGUCCAAUGCAUGCAGUUGCUUAAUUUCCUUUGUAUACAAGAGACAGCUGAUUAUGAGUCAAAUGUAUAGCUCAUCUAGUGAAGAUAACCAUAAUUUUAGCAGGCUUGGAAGCCCAAGAACUCUGGUCAGAAUUUGGCUGAAAUCUGUCUUUCAUACCGUGUUUCCCCAAAAAUAAGACGGGGUCUUAUAUUAAUUUUUGCUCCAUGUGAUCAGGUUCAGUUUCAAAU